AUGGCUUCGAAAAGGGAGAAAGCAGUAAUCGAUGAGACAGUGUCGGAGGCGGAAGACAUGCUCAAAGGGAUUGAAAAUAUCAGAAGCAACAAAGACGCAGCAGCUACCAACAGUCAAUUACCCGGCCUCCUGCAACGCCUCUACCUGGCUAUUUGCACACUCCAGCAGUACAAACGGCAAAAAGAUCCCCCCCGGAAUGCGGUCGUCGAGGCAGACAAAGCCCUCCUUGAAGCAUGGAAGGCUUUGUUGAAGACCAUUGAGGCGUUGUCCGCAGGAGCUCCGAAUGGCCACUUCCUGGCGGCUCGUAUGAUGCUCUUCCUCAUGCAUGGCUUUAUAUAUCAGGAAGGCUUCCCAUAUGACCUGCAGGAUUCGCCUCUCAACCGAGACAGAGUAAAAAAUCAAAUGGCUUUCCCGAAUGCCGUGGAUGAAGCGUUGCGAUCUCAGCUAAGCCUUAUCUGGGAGGAGAGUGGGAAAAAGGAGGACUUCAAGUGGGCUCUUACACAUCUCGAAUCUAAGGAUGAUAUCAUCCGUACGGACUACAAUAAAGCCGCCAUGACAGCUCUUUCGGCGGAAGAGCUGUGGAAAGUUCCCGGCAUGACAGGACAACAAGUGUGGAAGCCGAAGCCGGGUGAUGAACCAAUUUUUGAGCCUUUUGAGAAUGCUACGAGUUAUGAGUUUGCGGAAGACGAAUGGGAUGAUAUUGAAGACGAGACAGACCAGCACGAUGAUCAUGGCAAAGAGGAUGAAGAGGAUGACGAGAACGAGAGUGUUCAAGAUGAUAAUGUUGGUGAUGUGGAACAGCCAAUUAUCAGUCAGACACUAUUCUCAAAUGGACCUCUUGAGGCGGAAAUGGAGUACUGCCUGGUCAAAAGGAAUGCGGAGUCAUGGUUGGAAGGCCCGUGCUUGAAACUUUCCCGGCAGUUUGUGAAGGAGGCAACAAAUAAAGCUUGA